AUGACUUUGUCAGCUCAUUUCACAGAUUCAACCUCCUAUACAUAUGCAGAAUCUUGUGAAGAGCCCGAGAUGCACAAAGGAAGCUUUGUUACAAGUGACAGGGCAAUUUUUAGCCUGAACUUUUGUAUCCUCGAUGGUUCGGACACUUCUCCCUUUCAGGCACCUGUCGUUGAGAUGUCAUGUUGA